UUCUUGGCUGUCGAUGUUUUGAUUCGAUGUUUUGUUUUUUGCUUGACUUCAAAGCUAUUUUCUGAAACACCAGGUAGACUAGCAGUAGUGCUUAGUUCCACAGCUAUAGUUUCGACAGAUUUUGUCAAUAUUUAUUAUUAUGUAAAUAAUAAUUCUAAUAUUUAUUUAAUAUUGUUGUACUUUUAUCAUGAGAUUUCUACUGUUGUUACUUUGUGUCGGGCUCGGCUCGUCAAGUCAAAACUCGGAGAAUUCCGAUGGCUGUACCGCCCCGUUUUUAAUAGCAGACAAACCGUUCGUGGUUGUAUGGAACGUGCCGUCAUUCGUGUGUCGUAAUGUGGAGUUCAAUUUGACGGAGUGGGGGAUCGUGACGAACAAAGACGACCGCUUUAUGGGCGGUGAGAUUACACUUUUCUACCAUCUAGGGGACUGGCCCUACUUUUAUAAGAAUGGAUCGGCCCACAAUGGCGGGAUUCCGCAGGUUGCGAACAGAAAAAGACACUACGAGAACGUUGUCAGUCGAAUCCGUGAGGUCAUCCCUAAUAAACAUUUCGACGGUCUUGCCGUCAUCGAUUUUGAAGCAUGGCGGCCACUGUUCGGUCAAAACUUCGACGCGCUGUUCAUCUACAAGCAGCGAUCGGUAGAUCUGGUUAAAUCCAGGUUCCCAUCUUGGACGAACAAGACUCAAAUUUGGAACGAAGCCGCGAGGGAGUUUGAGAAUGCCGCUAGAUUGUUCAUGGAAGGGACAUUACAACUGUCAAGAUAUCUGCGACCGGAUGGUAAAUGGGGUUACUAUGGUUUCCCGAGGUGUUACGGAGCUUCGCCGAGUCAUCUGACGUGUAACAACCCUUCCACGUCGAAGGCUAAUGACAAAAUUGGUUGGUUGUUCAAAACAAGUGCCGGUCUUUUCCCUCGCAUCUACACAAACCCGACUAUACCCCGCAAACCACGGGUCGAAUAUGUCCGACGGCAGAUCAACGAAACCCUCCGAGUACAGGCGAAAUUUAACGAACUCUACCGACCCAUAAUGCCUUACAGCAUGUGCCAGGUUAAGAAGGUUUUCUUCGAUGAGCAAGAUCUCGAUAUUUCCAUCAAAGAACCGGCGGACAUGGGGGCGUCCGGGGUCGUUUUGUGGGGCAGUUCUUCCCUGUUUCACCUCAAAGACGAAUGCCACAAACUUCAGACGUAUAUCAAGACCGUACUCGGUCCGUUUGUCGUGAAAUUGACGGCUUUUACGACAUCGUGCUACAGAGAACACUGCAGUGGUCACGGUCGGUGCGUACGUAAAGAUUACGAAGCCAUGACGCAGCAGCAUUUGAGGCAAAACAACAAAAUCGCUUGCAGGAAGCCAUGGACGGAAUAUGCCGAUGAUGUACGAAUGAAGUGGACGGAAUAUGCCGAUGCUGCACAAAAGGUGCCGACGAAAAAUACCGAAUUCACACGUACAAACUUUACGAGCUUCGAUGAUCUUUCACGAAAGGACUCGAUAAAGUUCGUGAAUACGUUUGAGCAGAAGACGGAUGGAUUUGCAAACAGAAAAGAAGCUCCGUAUGGUAAUUACGUCUGCCACUGUUUGCCUGGGUGGCGCGGGCCGCGUUGUUCUAAACCGGUGUAGAUCAGCAUGGAUUUCUCUAGCUGUGUGCCACAUCAUAAUAUAUUAUGCAUGAUACUAAGUAAGUCAGUUAUUACCAGUGGUUUUGUCAACUGUAUGAAGAAUUAUUUAUUUAUAUUUAUUUUGUAUUAUAUUGUUUUGGGGUUUUUGUGGGGUUGUUGUUGGGGGUGGGGUUUU